AUGGGUCGUGUGCGCACCAAGACCGUGAAGAAGUCAUCUCGACAGGUAAUUGAGAGGUAUUACUCCAAAAUGACUUUGGAUUUUCACACAAACAAGAAGAUCCUGGAAGAAGUUGCCAUAAUUCCUUCUAAGCGUCUCCGCAACAAGAUUGCUGGUUUCUCCACCCACCUUAUGAAACGUAUCCAGAAGGGACCUGUUAGAGGUAUUUCCCUCAAACUGCAAGAGGAGGAGCGUGAGAGACGCAUGGACUUUGUUCCCGAUGAGUCAGCCAUCAAGACUGAUCUUAUUGAAGUUGACAAGGAGACCCUUGACAUGCUUUCAGCCCUCGGUAUGUCUGACCUUCCAGGUGUCGUCAAGCAGGCUGCUGAGCCACAAGCAGUGGCAGCUCUCCCAACAUAUGGUCGCGGUGCAGGAGGUUUUGGGAGGAAAUACUAAUAAGAAUAGUUUCAAAGAUUUUAUGUUCUAUUGAAGGAAGUUUUUGGUAGAUUAUGUGGUGUUUAGUUUUCCCUAAUUUUCUUUGAGGAUUCUUAAUUAGAAGCUCAUUUUCAUUGUUGAGACAUAAUGAUGAAUGACCCCUUUUGGUUUUAAAAUGCAUGUGAUACAUUUCCUCAA